AUGGCGGCUGUGAAGAAAUAUCGCAUCGGUCCCAGGACGAAUCCGGCGCUCGCUGGCCAUCAAUGCAUGUUUGUAGACCUGCCUGGUCCACAAGGAGGUCCACAGGGGAGUAUCCAAAUUGGCGAGGAGAUCAUCAGGGAAAAGCCUCUACUCCAUCUGAUGCUGGGACAGAGCCUGAAAAACUUCAACAUGGACAACUGGAUAGCAAAGCCAGCGCACAAAUCACGCGUCACCAAGGCUGUCAAAGAGUUGGAGGCGGAUCGGCGAGUGGCGUAUCUAGCUUUGCACUCGAAUGGGGUUGCUAGGAUCGGGACAGCCGCCAGAACCAUCCGCAUAUUUCGCUCUAUUUGCUUCACGGAGGAGCGGAACUGGAAAGCCAACGGGAAGAAAGCGAAAGCCCCGCUCAUCUCGCUCGGGCUCUUCAAGGAUCUCUCUAGGAUCAACAACGCCUGCCAGCCAAACGCGGUCUUCGGGUGGGAUUAUCAAACUGGAAAGGCUACGGUCUAUGCCACGCAGGUGAUCCGGCACGAUGAUGAGGUGCUGAUUGAGUACGACCGCGAGAACACUAUCAGGAACACUGCCGCUAGGAGAGUUGCGUUCCAGCGGAACCUUCGGUGGGCGUGUGUUUGCGCCUUGUAUGUCGCUGCCAAUACAACUGAGUCUGACAAUAGGAGGAAUAGGCUUGCUGAGUUGCAUGAGCAUGUUCAUGCGGCGAUCCACGUCCCGAAUACCUGGCAGGCCCUGGAAGAUCUGGUGCAGAGACAGUAUGUUACUAAAGUCAUAGAAUACCAUGCCUUGCUGAAAGCCGAGGGGAUCAUGGUCAGUAGAUUGGUGGAAGCACUGCAGAAGGCAGCAUGUGUCUCGUACAAUGAGUUCAACGACAGUCGCACAGCGAUCAUGUUCUUGAUGGAAGCAAUUAAUGUUGGAAUUAUUGCGUACGGAGAUGGGUGUCGGUUUGUAGCUCGGCCUGAUGUGCAACUUGGACGGAUUAUGCGAGGUGCGAAGAUGAAAGUGGAACCUGAUGCAGACGAAGAAGACAAUGAAGAGGAGGAUCAAGAUGAGGAGGACGAGGAGUAGUCGGAGAGCCAGAUCUUGGACUGUCUUCCAAUGCUCGACUUUGGAAAACGAGUAGAUGAUAUCCAAGUCAGAUGUCCUUUAGCCUAGCAUAUGUUCAUAGACUUCAUCGACAUGUUUACAUUGUG